UCUGGAUAUCUGAUGGUAGGUUCUGACAAGAACAUAUGUGAAUCCUGCCAGGCAGUGACGGAGUUUGCACUGGUAAUGAAGUUUUCAUCUGUAUUUAUUCGUCAAAUGGGCUACAGUUUGCUUCUGAACAGGUGCUUGUGAUUGUGCUUGGGAAGUGCACAUGGAUCUUCUCAUCUUUUAUUUAUCUGUAUUUUUACUUUACAUUUUUAAACCUUAUUUGUGUCCUUAGUUUUAAAAUUGGGCUGGUCAUCAUUAGCAGCCUCCCUGAGCUAUUCUUUUGUAAGCACUGGAUGAGAUGCUGGCUAUUAAAGAGUUUAAUAAAGUGUGAAUUACUGUAAGGAGGCAUGAUUCAGGAGAUGAUCCUUCAAGUCUUGGCCAGGAGGUAAGUUUGGAUUGUUACGUGGGAUUUACCAACCUCGUCUUGCUUAGAGAGCCUUUUUGCCUUUCUGAACCCUGAGCUUGACAGAUGGGGAGCUCUCAGGAGAACUGUCUUCAGCAGGGUUUGUCAGGGAGGGAUAAAAAGAUGUAAAACUUUCAAGUGUUGAUACCUGUCAUUCUGUAGGGAGUCUAGAAAAAUGACCCAUCCUUUGUGGAGAUUCUUUGUAGAAGUAGUUGGCUUUUAUGUGACUGUUUUCCAUAAUGAGGCAUGGAUUUCCCAAGAACUGUGAUUCUGACAAGAGUUCCGCAAAAAUAUUUGAAAAGUUUUGGGGACUCUGAUUUGUUUUAAUGGUUUGGCUUUCCUGAACUCAAUUUUUCCUUUUUUUUUUUGAGAUUUCAUUAGGAAGAGCGGAACUUUCAGUUCUUCGUGGACUGACGUGCUAAGAGAUUUCAUGCAUGGGGAUUGUUGCCAAACUUUUGGGAAGCUCAUGAAAGUUUUCAAAGCUUUUUGGCCAGUGCUGUCUCACUGUCCCCAGAACCGUCCUGUCAGAGUGGUGGGGCAUAGAUGACUCUGGUUGUUGCCACUUCAGCACGAUCAGCAUUCUUCAAAUCUUGUUUAUAACUGGAAUUACUGAUAGCUGUGCUUCAAAGGCAAGAAAGAAGUUUGCUACAGUUUGGGCUUGAAUACCCUCAUUUGCAUCAACCACAAGUAAAACACCCUGGCAAGCAGAGAGUGACCUGGAUACUUCAUAGCUAAAAUCAACAUGGCCAGGUGUAUCAAUGAGAUUUAAAAGGUCAUGGCUUCCCAAGGCCAAGGCUCCAGCGGAGGAAAUUAUUGUUCAGGGAUCUAACUCCAGGUUGGUUACGGAAACUGACCCUUCAUAGGGCGUGAGCUUACUGAGAACAGGAAAGUUUUUCACUUUAAAAGUCUUUAAAUUUGGAACAAAGAAAAUAAAAAUGACGACUUCGUCUAUCAGACGGCAGAUGAAGAACAUUGUGAAUAAUUACUCAGAAGCUGAAAUAAAAGUCCGGGAAGCUACCUCCAAUGACCCGUGGGGUCCGUCCAGCUCCCUGAUGACAGAGAUCGCAGAUCUGACCUACAAUGUGGUGGCCUUCUCAGAGAUCAUGAGCAUGGUGUGGAAGCGACUCAAUGACCAUGGCAAGAACUGGCGGCACGUGUACAAGGCACUCACGCUGCUGGACUACCUCAUCAAGACAGGCUCUGAGCGGGUGGCCCAGCAGUGCCGUGAGAACAUCUUUGCCAUCCAGACCCUGAAGGACUUCCAGUACAUCGACCGUGAUGGCAAGGACCAGGGCGUCAAUGUGCGCGAGAAGUCUAAGCAGCUGGUGGCCCUCCUCAAAGAUGAGGAGCGACUGAAGGCUGAGAGGGCCCAGGCCCUCAAAACCAAAGAGCGCAUGGCCCAGGUUGCCACGGGCAUGGGCAGCAACCAGAUCACCUUCGGCCGUGGCUCCAGCCAGCCCAACCUCUCCACCAGCUACUCCGAGCAGGAGUAUGGCAAGGCUGGGGGCUCGCCAGCUUCCUACCAUGGCUCGCCAGAGGCCUCGCUGUGCCCCCAGCACCACGCAGGUGCCCCGCUGGGUCAGAGUGAGGAGCUGCAGCCGUUGAGCCAGCGCCAUCCCUUCCUGCCACACCUGGGGCUGGCUGCCCACCCAAAUGGGGACUGGUCCCAGCCCUGCCUCACUUGUGACCGUGCAGCCCGAGCCACUUCCCCACGGGUGUCCUCUGAGCUGGAGCAAGCUCGGCCCCAGACCAGUGGAGAAGAGGAGCUGCAGCUUCAGCUGGCAUUGGCCAUGAGCAGAGAAGUGGCUGAGCAGGAAGAACGCCUCAGGCGGGGGGAUGACCUCAGAUUACAGAUGGCCCUCGAAGAAAGCCGAAGAGACACAGUUAAAGUUCCAAAAAAGAAAGAGCACGGUUCCCACCCACAGCAAACCACUCUGUUGGAUUUAAUGGACGCUCUCCCCAACUCAGGCCCUCUGGCCCAGAAAGCAGAGCCCUGGGGCCCAGCACCCACAGCUAGCCAGACCAACCCCUGGGGUGGGCCAGCAGCCCCAGCAAGUACCUCGGACCCCUGGCCAUCGUUCGGUGCCAAGCCAGCAGUGUCCGUUAAUCCGUGGGGAAUGCCCACCGGAGCCAGCACACACUCCGUCCCCAAGGGCUCAGACCCCUGGGCUGCUCCGGAGCAGGCAGCCCGGAGUGCCGGGGCGAGAACCUCCGAUGCCUGGGGUGCAGCCUCGGCCACCAAGCCUGUGUCCACCUCUGGGUCCUUUGAUCUCUUCGGUAAUCUGAAUGGUACAAUUAAAGACGACUUUUCUGAAUUUGACAACCUCCGAACUUUAAAAAAAACAGCUGAGUGUGUGGCCUCUCUGCCAUCCGAAAACAACGGAACCACAAGCUCUGACCCCUUUGACUCUCAGCCUCUGACCAUUGCCUCCAGCAAGCCCGGUGGUGCCCGGAAAACACCCGAGUCCUUCCUGGGCCCCAACGCGGCCCUGGUAAACCUAGACUCGUUGGUGACCAAGCCCGCCCCGCCGGCCCAGUCCCUCAACCCCUUCCUGGCACCAGGUCCAGCUGUGGCCUCGGCCCCCGUCAACCCCUUCCAGGUGAACCAGCCGCAGCCGCUGACACUGAACCAGCUGCGGGGGAGCCCGGUCCCAGGGGCCAGCACGUCCUUUGGGCCCAGCCUGGCUGUGGAGCCGCUGGCGAUGACCUCCGUGGCCCCCGCGGCCCCACACCCAGCUCUGGGCAGCAGUAGCUCCUCCUUGAUGCCGCUGGGCCCUGCAGCAAUGAACGUGGUAGGCAGUGCGGGCAUCUCCCCAUCAGCAGCUCCGGCCUCUGGCACAACAAACCCUUUCCUCCUUUAGUGCCCAGACCUGGGAUUGCCUGGAGUGGUGCCCAGAGCAUCUGUGCCUGAGAGGGCGGACCACAACCUCAUGCUGCAUGGACCACGUCCGAGAGCCCUGGGAGAUCAGGGCAGCCCAGCUCCAGCUGCCCAGGAAGAGCUGUCCUCGCACCCAGUCCCCCCUCAAGCUGCAGUCACUGGAGUAAGGCUGUGGGACCUCAGUGCCCCUGCAGACCACAGCCUGCCGAGUUGGGAGUGGACCUGCCUGGCCCAGCUCUCGCUGUCUUCUGAGCACCCACCCUGGCACCACUAGGGAUCUACUGGACCCCCUGAGGCCUUCCGAGGAGGAAGUUAGCAGUGUUACUGAGCAACUCUUGGACCUUGCCCGGCCCAGGAUCGGGGCUGUGGCCUUGUCUCUGCCCAGACGGGCUGGGUGUGGGUGGGAGGGGUCCUUGUGCCUGGCCACAGACAUGGACUCUUUGGGAGUGGUUGUGCAUACUUCACUUUCUUUGACUCGUGUGAGUUCAAAGUAAGCACAAUCACCGGGGGACAACUCUUGAAUUAAAUCCACUAGAGCAAGCUUUAAAACUAAUCUGAGCAUAACCCUGCCAUGUGGCUAUAUGCUUGUAUACGUUUGCACAUAUUUUGUUUAGUACAGUUUCAUAUUUGAGUUUGCAGAAUUAUCUAAUAGUCUUUUUUUGGCUAAUAUUUUUAUAAUGUGGUUCUUAUUUAACUGUCUAGUUUUGAUAGAAUUUACCAGGUCUGACUGAAUUAAGAUAGCGGCACAUGUCAUUUUAGCGGUUUAAAUCCUUAUUUAUGGUUUUAACUCUGUAAGAAAAUUUAAAAAGGAGAUGUUUGGAUGACAAAAAAAAUGCCUUAUGGAAAAACGAGAGGAAAUUUUUGUGACUUUAUAG